AUGUCACCACUGCCGGGAUACGGGCCACCACCACCUGGGUACGCGCCGUCACUACCGAUGUAUGUGCCGUCGUCGGCCACUCAAGCACCUCCGCCUGCCCAUGAUCCUACUCGCAUGGCCACGCUUGAGGGCAACGUCACCACUCUUCAAAACGCGGUUGACUUAAUGGCCACUAAUAUUGCCGAGAUGAUGGCCUUGCUCAGGGGGCCAAAUCGCGCGUCUUCGAGCUCCAUCCCGCCUCUCGCACGCGGGCCAACUGUCGAUCCCGCUCCUUGGGUCCCGCCAACCCAUGAACCAGAAGGCGACAUAGCGGCCGCCCCCGCGCCGACAAUUAUCCCAGUGCCCGCUCUUCAUCCGACGCGCGCGCCGGCAAUUCACCCGGUCGACUUUGGCCUUCCUCGGUCCACCAUUCCAGCAAUUGCCUCACUUCCGCCCAUGACGAUUCCCGUGCCAGAUCCGGUUAUGUUCGCACCACCUCCCGUGCCCGUGCCAGCUCCAGCUACCAUUUACACUGCUCCUCCGCCGAUGGGCUUCCCGGCAUCGAGUGCCCCUCUACCCGCGAAAGUCAAGGUACUCGAAUUUCAAAAGUACGUUGGAACUAAAGACCCGCGACACCACCUCCGUCACUACAACGGAAAGAUGCUUCAAUACUGGGACUACGAACAGUUCGUCAUCGCGACUUUCUAG